CACUGUUGACAUUGCGUACGUGUGAAUCGGAUGCCUGUAUAUGGAGUAGUCAUGUCCAUGAAUGACUUGAUCCUAACGGUAUUCCCAGAAAUGCGUUUAAGCUUGUACACAUGGUGUCGAUUUUGACGGCCCGAAUACAAAGGUAAUCUCUGAAUUAGGAGUUGUACUUGAGAAGGAGCCAAGCGCGUGAAAAGCGGCGCGUGAAGUUGAAAGUCAAGUUGACGCUGGACACUUGCGUUAUGAUGCCACGAGACAAUAUGACUUCCACUGUCCAGAAAAUUGCCAGACAGGCCCUCACGACAUUCCGAAACCCCUCUGUCGUCGGAGAACACAAUAAAGUGUUUUUGGAAAAUCAAAACAAGCUGAAAAGCCUUUUGGCGGAGGUCAGAGCGGCGGACUUGAAGAUCGUACCCCGGAUCAUCGAGAGCGCCCCGACGCCGCCUCAGCGUGUCGCGCCUCCCGUCACAUACAUGCACAUCUUCGAGACCGACACUUUCAGCAUGGGAGUGUUUUUAUUAAAAACAGGCGCUUCUAUACCUCUGCACGAUCAUCCGGGAAUGUACGGCAUGCUGAAAGUGAUCUACGGAAAGGUACGAAUCAGCUGUUUCGACAGGCUGGAUAAACCUAGAGACGGUGCCAGCGGCGUGCAGUUCAACCCUCCGCUGAUGCCCUUCCAGAGAAGCAAUUUACGGCCUUCGAUGCUGAGAUCGGUGGGGGAAUACACGGAGGAGAACGGCCCGUGUGUGCUGUCGCCCCAAAAGGACAAUAUCCACCAAAUAGACGCUGUUGACGGACCCACCGCUUUCCUUGACAUCUUAGCACCUCCAUAUGACCCGGACGAAGGGAGAGACUGCCACUAUUAUAAAGUUUUGCAUGCCCAUUCAGAGGCUGCAGAUAGAAAGAGUGAUGCCCAGGAACAUGGUGAUCUGUGGCUUAUGGAAAUACCACAGCCUAGUGAGUUCUGGUGUGGUGGCGAACCUUACCCAGGGCCUAAAGUGUCCCUCUGAGAGAUCUGAAUAUAAACUGGCUUCUAUUAAUCACAGCCUUGGGUGAUUCGUUUUCCUUAAUCCGCCAGACUGGGUACUUUAUCAAGAUUAUGGUUGUUUGAAAUGCCUGUGCCAAUCCACUGCCGCUGUCCAUACAAUUGUUUUGCAUGUAGACUGUGUGCAGAUUUAACAAAGGAACUAGUCUCUGUUCUUUACUGGCUUGUUGCUUUUGUACAGCAUGUGAUAAAUAAUUGAAUAUUUGCAGCAGAUGUGAGAUUUGGUUUAACAGAUGCUUUGCAAUAGUUGAACAGAGCAGGAAUCUUAUCUUAUCUUGUUUCUAUUACUGUAUAUUGUUUUUGCAUUAUCAGAACUACAAUUUGACUCAGAAAGGUUUAGCAACAGGCUCUGCGACACUCACUUGGCACUGGAUGCUGUUUUGAACACUCCUGGUAAUUAUGACAGUAAAGCACUUAGAAUGCAAGUAAAAUUAUAAUACUAAUUUAAAAAAUCAAUAAAACAUUAAAAAUAUUAUAUUAUAAUUUUACAUAAGAAACUAAAGUUCUGUUUUCCUUCCAAUAAACUUGAACUAAUAAAAGAAGUAAAAGUAA